GGGCGGGGGAAGCGAUCUGCGCAUGCGCACGGGUCAAGGACUGAGCGCGCCCGUGCUCUGCGCAUGCGCCCAGGUGUGGGGCAGUGUGUGGUGCCUGUUGGGCGCAGCGUGAGGCGGCGGGAGCGGCUGGCGCCAUGGCUCGCAACGCAGAGAAGGCCAUGACGGCCUUGGCCAGAUUUCGGCAAGCUCAGCUUGAGGAAGGAAAAGUUAAGGAACGAAGACCUUUCCUUGCCUCAGAGUGUAAUGAAUUGCCUAAAGCUGAGAAAUGGAGGCGACAGAUCAUUGGUGAAAUCUCCAAGAAAGUGGCACAGAUUCAAAACGCUGGAUUAGGCGAAUUCAGAAUUCGGGACCUGAACGAUGAGAUAAACAAACUUUUGAGGGAGAAAGGACACUGGGAAUUUAGAAUAAAGGAGCUGGGAGGUCCUGAUUAUGCUCGGAUUGGACCGAAAAUGUUAGAUCAUGAAGGGAAAGAAGUUCCAGGAAAUAGAGGUUACAAAUAUUUUGGAGCUGCAAAGGAUUUACCAGGAGUUAGAGAACUCUUUGAAAAGGAACCCCUCCCACCACCUCGGAAGACUCGAGCUGAGCUUAUGAAAAACAUUGAUGCAGAGUACUAUGGCUACAGGGAUGAAGAUGAUGGUAUUCUGGAGCCACUGGAACAAGAACAUGAAAAGAAAGUUAUAGCAGAAGCAGUGGAAAAAUGGAAAAUGGAGAGAGAAGCACGACUUGCGAGAGGUGAGGAGGAAGAGGAGGAGGAAGUAAAUAUCUAUGCUGUCAACGAUGAUGAGUCUGAUGAGGAAGGUAGCAAGGAAAGAGAAGGUGAAGAAGGCCAACAGAAAUUUAUUGCACAUGUUCCAGUGCCAUCUCAGCAGGAGAUUGAGGAAGCUCUUGUACGGAGGAAGAAGAUGGAGCUCCUUCAGAAGUAUGCCAGUGAAACCCUCAUGGCACAGAGUGAAGAAGCAAAAACACUUUUAGGAUUGUAACAUUGCACCAGUAUGUCCUGGGUUUCAUAUUAUCUGCCUUAAAGCAGUAGGUUCAGAUAUUCUGGUGGCACUCACUUCUAGCUCUGGAAGACCCUUUGGGUGUUAGGAGUAAAGUGCUGGAGUUACAGUGUGUUCUGAAGACUUUUUGGCUUCUCCACUAGGUUGACUUGCACUUCAGUGCUGAAAAAGGUCAAGCCUAGGGUAACUUGUCUCUACAUCUUCAGUAACUGCCUCCAGUCCUUUCAGGUUGUAAAAUGGUUUGUGCAGUGGUGUCUCUUACAGACAGAACCACAAACCCUGGGACUUCUCAACUGCUGAAGGAAAAGUAUGUUGCUGCCAUACUCAGCUGUGUCCUGAUGGAGGUGUACACAUCUUUCUCAUGUUGAUAUUUGCUGACCCGAAUCCAGAAGUGAAUUGCUCUGUUGUGCCUGGUUAGCUUACCAGGAUAGCCUAGAGCCUGUUUGGAGAUAACCCUGGUAGCAGAUCUUACGAGUGGCUUCAGAGUCGAUGUGGUUCUUUAUGUAACACGUGCAAGUGUCUAAAAGUUGUUACACUCUUUGUGGUUUGUUAUCGAGCCUGAGUGAAUUGCUUAAAUGCUGGAUAUUUCAGCAGCCAUUGUAAAUAAUUCCAACUUCACAAUACCUUGUUCAAAUAUUUUUAGUAAAAUUUUUACCCUACAACCUCAUGUCUUGUU